AUGACAAUUUGGCGCUCGUUAAUCGUGUUGUGUUUGAUCGCUUGUGUUCGGAGCGACGAAGGAAAAUGGCGACAAAUUGAAACUCCACAGGGUCCGGUACGGGGCCGCAGAGACCCAGCAGGGUUGUACAUCUUUAGCAAUAUACCGUAUGCUACAGUACCUUCAGGACCCAACAAGUUUGGCGCACCCAGUCCGCCACCAAUUUGGUUGCAACCUCUUGAAACAUCAAAUAAACCAAUCAUUUGUCCACAACCUAUUAUGCCACUACUUGAAGAAUUCAAAAACAUGAAAAGGACAAUGAGAGAUCUGUGGAAUAACUUUGUGAGACACGGGAAACCUGUUCCUGAGGGAUCAUCGUUUCCGUCGUGGCCUUCAGCAGAUGCAAAUCGUUCGCCAUAUAUGUCCUUAGGUCAAACAAUGCAGCUACAGAGCUCGCUGCUUGAGUCCAGGGCUCGUUUUUGGGACGACAUUUACCAGAGAUACUAUCGGGAGCCAACACCACCCCCAAAUCCACCAAAAAGUGAAUUGUGA